UACUGAUUGUGUGUGUAAAUCCUAAAAACUUUAAAGUGAGUAUUUUAUCCAGAUUGUAGGAUCAAAAUGUGUACAAAAAUCUAAAAAAAUUAUAGCGAACAUUUUACACUUCGGAUUGUAGUAUCCGGAUGCGUACAAAAUACUGAAAUAUUUAAAGUGUUUCAUCACACAUCUACAUUUUUUAAUUCUAACAAAUUCAUCCUUUAAAGUGAGCAUUUUACACAUCCGCGUUAUACUCAUCUCCUGUACUCAUAGAGUUUGGAUGUGAUGCCACAAGUUCAAAUUUUGCAAUGCCUGGAUACUAUUUUUCUGCUGUAUACGGACAUGUAUUGUACCAUGGUUAUUGGACAUCAUUGUGAAUUCCCUUAUCAACCAAUAUAGCAAGUUAUGUGCACAUUGUACUCACCAUUAGGGUGGGAAUAGGUGAGGCUGCCUGACAGGGCUUACGGUCUAGCCUAUUUAAAGCUUAGCUCGGCCCAACUCGUUUAAUGAGAGGUGAGUCAUGGCUGCAUCUUCUCUAAUCGGUUUCGAUUCAAAUGUUGAUGGGAGACAAGAUGAUAUUUCGAUGAAUGGUUUAACUAGGACUUUUAGGACUUUGAAGUGCUUCAAGUUAAAGGAAUUAAAAACCGCGACAAGGAACUUAAUUCCAGAUAAUCUGGUUUUACAAUUGCUGUGAAGAAGCUUAACCAUGUGAGCCACCAGGAACCCAGUGAAUGGUUGUUGAGAGUAUCUGUCAUCAUCAAUAACACACUGGCAUGGAUGGCUGCAUUAGCUCAAGGGUCAAAACUGAGAGGAAGAGUCAUUCAUAUAACGGUUUGAAUUCAAAGGUAGAUGGGAGAGAAGAUGAUACUAUGAUUGGUUUAAUCAGCAAUGCCACCUCUUCAUGGGCUUUGAAAUGCUUCACAUUAAAGGAAUUAAAAACUGCAACAGGGAACUUGGUUCCAGAUAGUCAAGUGACCGAAGAUGAGUUUUAUGUAAAGGGGUGGAUCGAUGAGCACACGUUAGGCCCCACUAAACCAGGUUCUGGUUUGACUGUUGCUGUGAAGAAGCUUAACAAUGCGAGCCACCAGGAACCCAGUGAAUGGUUGAGAAAAAUCAACAACAUGGGGAAGCUGUGUCAUCCUAAUCUUGUGAGACUGAUUGGUUACUGCUUAGAGGAUGUCUACCCAAUUUUGGUAUAUGAAUAUUUGGACAAGGGAAGUUUUGACAAAUGUUUGUUUAAAAGGGGGUCUGAUUUCCAGCCACUCUCAUGGAAAAUGCGAAUCAAGAUAGCUCUUGAUGCUGCAAAGGGUCUUGCAUUUCUUCACAGUGAAAAAGUGAAUGUGAUACAUGGAGAUUUCAAUACUUCUAAUAUCCUGAUUGAUUCUAACCACAAUGCAAAGUUAUCCGAUUUUGGGUUGGAUAAAUAUGAUGAUCCGAACAACUAUGCAAGGUUAAAUCCGAUCACAUACGCAGCACCCGAGUAUUCCACGACAGGCCACUUGACCAAAAAGAGUGAUAUAUACGGUUUUGGGGUUCUUCUCCUGGAAAUUAUGUCAGGAAAACGUGCAUGGGAUUAUGAUAGGCCACGACGAGAACAUAAUUUAGUUGUGUGGUCGCAGCCAUUACUCGUCAACAAAGACAAGAUCUAUCAAGUCAUGGAUUCCCAUAUAGAAGGCCAAUACUCGCCGCAUGAAGCAAUGGAGGUGGCUCGUAUUGCAAUUCAAUGUCUGUCUUUUAGUUCGAAAAAUCGACCAAAUAUUGAUGAUGUGGUGAGAUCAUUAGAAAAACUUUAGGAUUCUAAUGAUACAAUGGUUCAGAACAUGAUACAAUUUCAAUAUAUGUUUAAAUGGAGAAAACACUCCUAAUAAGUAUUCAUCAGAUUCUCUACUUUGUGGAAUAUAGAAUCAUAUAAAUAUCAAGAUUAAUAUUAUUGAAUAAAUAUUUAGAAAUUUGGCUUCCUAUAUCAUAUUCA